AGGUUUUCAACGCUGUCACUUUUAACACUUUAAACAUCCAACAUAAAGCCUCUGCUCUGAUCAGCUGCUUCACAAUGUGAGCCAGAGACUACUUUUCAGAGCAGAUAUGAGUCUCAUGAUUCUUCCAGUCUCAUGGGUGGCAGCUUAAACUCAGACCUCACUUGACUCUCUUAUUUAUUCUGAGAGCUCAGGGUUGUAUUUUGGGAGCCCUUUCUCUUCAACAGUUGGCCUCACUCAGCAGAUACUCCCAGGUUAUAAUCAGAGCCCAGAGUGGAAAGCUCAUUGUGUACAUACAAGCUCUGAACACCCAGUGAUCCCUCCGCUUACCCUCCUGUGUGUAAUCAGAAGGUCGGACUCUAAGCCCUGCCUCGUCUCUGCAGAAUGGAAAAAGGAGGGUUCACCACCACAGCUUCGAGUGCUUUCACUGCUACAUCACCACAGUCUCACUUCAGCGUCUCUCAGAGUCGCAGCAGGGGGAGGGCGCGUGUCUCUCAGAGAGGAAACAAAAGUCAGACCUCUACGCAGGAGUAUUUUUAUAUACGGACGCAGAGAGACAGAGCAGCUGAAAGUUGGAGGAGAAGAUGCAGCAAAGUUUGGAUAGUUUCUCUUACAUAUUAAACUUGGGGGAAUAUACCACAGGAGGGAAAUAAAAGGGCUGCAGAAACCACGGGCGAGCUACUUCUUUAAGCUGCUGAAGAAUGUGGUUCACUGACUAGGGGCUGAGGAUCACAGACACCACCAUGACCAGAAACACCUCGACCACACCUGCCACAUCCACCCUCCAGACUCUGAACAGCUCUCUCCUCCCCGGUGUUUUGAAUUCAACACCGACCCAACAAACUUGUGUGGAUUACGAUGCUCUUCAAAGCCUGUUGGCGGUGCUCUACUCUAUAAUCUUCAUCCUGGGACUCGUCGGGAACCUGGUGGCUCUGUGGGUUUUCUUCUGCGUUCAAGCGAAGAAAAACUCAGUGCGGGUGUUUCUCAUUAAUGUCGCGUUCGCGGACUUGCUCCUGGUGGUGUGUCUGCCGUUCAGGAUUCUGUACCACAGCCAGGGGAACAUGUGGAACCUGGGCCCCACCUUGUGUAAAGUGGUGGGAACCGUCUUCUACAUGAACAUGUACAUCAGCGUCACGCUGCUGGGGCUGAUCAGCGUGGAUCGAUACCUGAAGAUCCACCGUGGAACAGGGGGGCAGCACAGGCUGAGGUCCACCAGGAGGAGCACUGUUCUCUGUGCGGUGGUCUGGAUCCUGGCCUCGGCUUUGACUCUGACGAUCCUGAUGUCGAAGAAUCACUCCGAGCAAGACAGGUGUUUCCACUACAAGACGCUCCUCAAAGCAAAGUGGAAAGCCUACAUCAACAUCUUCCUCCUGGUCAUCUUCUGGCUCGUCUUCGUCUCCCUCGUCGUGUCUUAUGGAAAAAUCGCCCUCAAGCUCCUGAGAACCUCGCACGAGAAACCGGACCUCCCGAACGCACAGCACUACACUCGCUCAGCCAGGAAGUCCUUCUUCAUCCUCUUCCUCUUCACCGUCUGCUUCGUGCCCUAUCACAUGGUCAGAGUGUUCUACAUCAGAACGCAGAUCACAGACACUUCCUGUUUCUGGAGGGGCGUGGCGGAUAAAGCCAACGAGGUGGCGCUGCUGUUCUCGGCUCUAAACAGCUGCCUGGAUCCCGUCAUGUACUUCCUGUUGUCCUCCUCAGUGAGGAAGGAGGUGCUGCGCUUGGUGAGCAACAUGUUUCGAGUGCGAGAUGUUUCUGGGGUCAGCGGGAGCAGCUCCACGGCUGACUUGGACAAUAAAAGGACAGACAGGAGACAGUCAAACAUCGUCUUUCUCUGCAGCACUUUGAAGAAGAAGGAGGUGAUCGGCCCAGCAGGGAUGUAAAAACACUCUGAGAUGAUGAACCUCCAUCAUCGUGUAGACGCCAAAUACGCUUCCAAGGAACGGGACAGCACCAAGGAGGGCGAGACUCACCUUUACCCCUAAUGUGCCUCAGUGUCAAAACUGAAACAGCUGACUCUCACUGAAGUUAGAGCCCAAACACUGAUUAUAGUGACAGACAUGGGCCUGUCACAGUUAUAUCCUCAUGUGUUUUCAUAUGCAGUUCAUGAUAUGUGUUUUAAAGGAACAUGCAGAAACAAUGCUCGAGGAAGGAUGGGGGAGAAAUGGUGUCCUCACAUGGUCUGUUCUGAAGGGUCUGGAAUAGAUUUGGUUUGAAAUGUAUAUUAAUUUAAAAUCCUUUAAUAAAGUGUGGUUAUGAUGUUUCAGCAA